AUGGGCGCCGUCGUCUCGCUCGUCGGCGAUGGCCUCCUCGCCGCCUCCGACGUGGCCAAGGCCGUCGCCGCCCUCAUCGGCAAAUACAACGCGCUGCUCGCCCGCGCGUCCUCGGACCCGGGCCUGCCGGUCCCGCACCCGACGUCCCCGUACUGGCUCGUCGACCCGCCGUACCCGGCGCUGGCGGACGUGCAGAGCGAGACGCUGUCGCGCGAGGCCGACGUCGUCAUCAUCGGGAGCGGCAUCACCGCCGCGGCCGCGGCCAAGUCCCUGCUCGAGGUGUCGGCAUCCGCUUCCACUCUCACUCCCGCCACCGCUGCCGCCUCCUCCCCGCCGCACUCACCGCUGCGCGUCGUCGUCCUCGAGGCCCGCCAGCUGUGCAGCGGCGCGACGGGGCGCAAUGGCGGGCACAUCAAGUGUGCUCCCUACGAGGAGUUUGCGCGCCUCCGCGGCAGGUUGGGCGCGGAGCGGGCGCGUGACGUGGUGCGCUUCCAGAUGAGGCACUUGCCGGGUCUGCUCGAGGUGGGCAAGAGCUAUCCCAAGGCGGAGGUGAGGGAGGUCCAGACGGUGGACUUGUUUCUUCGGCAAGAAGAUUUUGACAAGGCUGCCGAGGAGGUCGACGCGCUCAAGGCGUGGAUGCCCGAGAUCGAGGUGCGCGUGCUCCACGGCGAGCAAGCGAAGGCGCAUAUUGGCGUCAACGACAUGGUCGUCGGGGCCCUGUCGUACAAAGCCGGCGCUCUCUGGCCCUUUCGCCUCGUCACCGGCGUCUGGAACGACCUGCUCGCCCACCAUCCCAGUCUGUCCAUAGAGACGCACACGCCCGCCGAGGCCGUGUCGCGGACAGGGUCCGAUCCGUCUCGUCCCUACGAGGUACAAACGCCCCGCGGCGUAGUGCAUGCCCGCCACGUCCUACACGCGACCAACGGCUUCGCGCCGCACCUCGUGCCCUCGUUGCGCGGCCGCCUCACUGGCGUGUUGGGACACAUGACGGCGCAGCGGCCCGGCGCGUCCUUUCCGCGCUGCGACGGGAACCGCUCCUGGUCCGUCAUCUCGAGCCCGGGGUUCGACUACGUCACGCAGCGGCCCGCGGACCCGGAGACGGGCGAGCCUGGCGACGUCAUGGCGGGGGGAGGGCUCUUUAACAGCCGCGAGCAAGGGCUCGACCAGCUCGGCGUGUGGGACGACAGCCGCGUCGACGCGCUCCCCGUGAUGCACGUCCGCGGCAGCAUGGCGACGGUGUUUGACCCGCGGUGGGGCGGCGGCGGCAGCACGGACAAGGUCUGGACGGGCGUGAUGGGCUUCACGGGUGACCUGAUGCCGCUCGUGGGCCGCCUGCCUGGUGGCGACGAGAAAACGAAGAGCGACUCGGGAGAGUGGGUCGCCGCUGGCUUCAACGGCGAGGGCAUGGUCUGGGCGUGGUUGUGCGGCACGGCCGUCGGUGUCAUGAUGCUGGGGAUGGAGGAGAAGGACUUGCAGCCCGGCGCGGGGCGGCCUGGCGGCAAGCUGGACGCUUGGUUUCCGCGCGACGUGGUCCGUGUCGAUUCCGCAAGGAUGAGGAGAGCGGACCUGAAGAACCUCGCGCGGGCGGCGGGCCUGUGA